UUUUACUACUCUGCUCAAAACCGAAGGACAACAGUGGACAGAGAGAAAACUUGAAAAGGCAAAAGCGGAGUAAAAUGGCAUCACCUGCUGCAAAGCGGAAAAGAGCAGAGAAAGAUUAUGUUUUGAAUCGAUUCGUCAAUAAAGUCGGAUUUAUAUAUAAAGUCAAUGGAUUGUACCCAGUUUUUCAAGUUCCCCACCCAUUUCGCCAAUAUUUUAACAUAGGUCUACUUCAUCACAUUGGGUAUCAUCAGCCCUGUUUGCUUUUUUACAAAGAUUUUUUCAAGUGUGCUUUUGAAGUAGGCAGACGUUUAGAGUAUGAGGAAUGUGCAAAGGAGCUUCAAGAUAUGCGAGAAUGUGAGACUAGAUGGAAAACGGGUCAACGACAGAGACUGCUUUACUAUCACAGAAAUGAACAAGGCCUGGACUAUCUGGAUCAUCCUCCCAGACAUUUAUUUUCCAGACCUCAGCUUACAUUCAGAAAAGACACAAAGAACUGAGAACGUGUAUUAUGUUGACCCUAAAUUGUGUGAAAAGAUGUUGAAUUUACCUUAAAUAGAUGUUAUAAAUAUGAAGUUGUU